AUGUCAGCUACAGAAAGGAAGUGAUGUCAGGUACAGAUAGAACGUUCCAUGUGGCACAAAGAAGAGGAGACAUUGGGGGAAGUGGCAGCAGAGGAGGGAGACCUGUAUAGAUCACAUGAUGGCACCAAUGAGGAUGGAGGAGGACCGGAGUCACAUGACUGAGAAGAUACUAAACCUCACCCUGGAGAUCAUCUACCUGCUGACCGGAGAGAGAUUUCCUCUUCUGAAGUCAGGUGAUCAUAUGACCAUCACAGUGCCUCCAUGUGACUCCCUAAACCCUGAGAGACACAACAUGCAGAAGAUUCUAGAAGUCACCAAGAAGAUGAUGGAGCUGCUGACAGGAGAGGUUCCUAUAAGGUGUCAGGGUGUCACUGUCUAUUUCUCCAUGGAGGAGUGGGAGUAUUUAGAAGGACACAAGGAUCUCUACAAGGACGUCAUGAUGGACAAUCAGCCGCCCCUCACAUCACCGGAUGGAUCCAGUCAUGGGAACCCACCAGAGAGAUGUCCCCGUCCUCUGUAUUCCCGAAUUCCACACAGGAAGGUCACACCAUCCCUCACCAUCAUCAGAGUGGAAACCUGAGAGAUCCUAAAGUUAAGGUUAAAGAAGAGAUAAAAGAGGAGGAGGAUGAGGAUGGGGGAUGGAGGAGUCAGAGCUUCUGAAAGAACACAAAGAUCUGUACCAGGACACCAUGGAACCCACCAGAGAGAUGUCCCCGUCCUCUGUAUUCCGGGAUUCCACACAGGAAGGUCACACCAUCCCUCACUGUUACAAGAGUGGAGAUCCAAUCGAUAUAGAAUUUGAGGUGAAAGCAGAAGAAGAAGAGGCGUAUGUGAGGGAUGAUCAGCAGUCUAUGGAGGAGGAUGGAAUAACGGGGACAUUUAUAGAGGAGGACACUCCUACAGAGAUCAGCACAGUCCAUGGCCGGGAGAUGAGGAAAACCUCCGAGGAUUGUCUCACUUUGUCUCCAGACUGGAAAGUAGAAGAUGAGGACAUCACACAGUAUAGUCCAGGAGAAAACCCGGCUCCCUCCAAUGUCCAU